AGUAUUCGCAUUGCAACUUGUAAUUUCAAUAGAAAAAUGGAUAAGGCAGACAAUGAUGUGGAGGCAGCAUCUUCAUCGUCCAACGAUGACAGCGAAGAAGAUGCCGAUGCGGACAUUGAGGAAAGUCCCCGUGGACGCAAAAGUGUUAGCUCCAUCAUCGAGAUGGCCAUAAAAACCGAACAAGAAGCGUCCAAGGCCAACAACAUCAACAAGGCCAAAACCCAAAGAGAGGAUGAGCAAAAGGCGCAGGAGUUAAGUCGUCUGCCGCCGCCUGCUUUGGCCAUCUACUUGGAAGAACUGGAAGCGGAGCUUUAUGAGCUCAGCCAGCGUGAGGCGAGGGAGUUGUCACGAAGCAAACAGUUGCGCAUCUUUGGCAGCAAUCGACGACGUCCCAGCAAGUAGUAGUGGACAUGUAAAUCAGCUUAGCGUGUGUGUUUGAAUGAUAUCAAAUAAAUGGCCAUCAAUGAAAGUGAAUGCGAAUGUGUAACU